UUUUACGAGAAAGCCAACUACUGGCUCUUCUCGGAUCGGUGUAUGCCUUUUUAAUAAAAAUCCAAAUAAUCUAAAACCUCAAAUCCACAACAUGCUAAUGAGUUUAAAUCGUACGAAAAUAUCGCAAAAACAGUGCAGUGGAUUUAAUAUACGAAAAAAAUUGUACAAUACAAGACAUUUACCUUCUUGAUCGUGGAAUAAAAUUUUUAGUUCAAUAAAAUAUAAUAAAAUUAAGGAAAGAGAGGAAUAUACAUAAGGUUGUGCAAUAGAGUGAAACAAAAUGCCAGGCAAAGGUGGGAGAAAGGGUAACAAGGCGGGUCACGCACACGGUAAACGUACCGAAGUGACGUCUGACGAUGAAUCAAGUAAUAACGAUACCGCCAGUAUUACUAGCGGUCAAUCAGACAACAGGAGUUUACUAGCUGAUGAUGUUAAUGACAAUGAUAUUGAUGAGCUCAGCCAGCAAGAAGUCUUCGAGGAGAAACUCAAGGAAGCUAUCGAUGGGCUUUCACAGAAAAGUGCUAAGGGAAGAACAUCUUGUUUUGUUGGAGUUGAGAAGAUAUUUGCACUUAAAUAUGUACCCGAUUUUGUGGACGAUAGGAAAAUGACCAUCACCGAUUGCAUUGAGAGGGGACUUAAGAAGGGAAGAAGUGAUGAGAGAUCAACAGCUGCCAGAUUGAGCACACUCUUGUGUGUACAACUUGGGGCCUUCGAAAGUGCCGAGGCCGUUUGUAGAGACCUCAAGUCAUCUCUUGUAUUCAUUGCCAACGAUAACACUGCCUCUACCCAAGCCAGAGCUGAGUGCUGCUGGGCCCUGAGUAUGAAUCAAUUCUUCUCCGGUAAUGAUGCCAGUGAUACUGUAGAAAUUGUCCAUCUGCUAUCAGGGAUUUUUGCUGGGUCGUAUCUGAAGGGAAAUGGAGCGAUAGCUACGAUUUCUCCAGACCUUGCCGCCCUUCAUGCUGCCGCCCUGUCAGCCUGGACCCUCCUCUUGACCGUGAUGACGCCAUCUGAUAUUUAUAAUUUUAUGGCAAGCAGUAAGCCCAAUAAUUUUAUGCCAUCACUCGACCGCCUACGACAAUUACUUGAGUCACCUCAUCUUGACGUAAGAAUGUCAGCUGGCGAAGCACUGGCUGUGCUGUUUGAAUUGGGACGUGAUUUUUCGGAGGACUAUGAGCAGGAUUGGGCGUUGGAACUGGUAGAUGUACUCAAAGAAUUGGCAACGGAUUCCAACAAAUAUAGGGCUAAAAAGGACAGGAAACAGCAGAGGGCUAGCUUCAGAGAUAUUCUUCGUUAUAUCGAGGAGGACAUAACACCGGAAAUGCAAAUAAGAUUCGCUCAAGAAAUACUCUAUCUCGAGGGCUGGUGUUCCAGAAUCCAAUACAACGCUUGCUGUCGUCUUCUAGGACCGGGUAUAAACAUUCAUUUGGCUGAAAAUUUACUUCUGCGUGAAAUAUUUCAUCUGGGUAAUCGAGCAGUUCCAAUGUCAUCCCACAAAUCAACUAAACGUGAGAGGACUUUGAUGAAUGCUGCUGCAUUUAAAGCACGUACCAUUCAACGUAAUAAGAAUCGUGACAAACGUUCAGCAGCUAUGGCACAAUAAUUGAAUCACUCUUUCCUUGAUAUUAUUUUAUUUAAAUCUGAUAUUCAUUCAUUACACCAUUUAUUAAUUAUCAAUAAGCACCAUGUUACAAUACAUUGCACGAUGUAACUAUUGGUUUUGACUAAAAAAAUUGUAAAAUAUUUUUCGCUGGUCGCAAAAUAGUUCAAGUGUAUAUAAUGUAUAUUUUCAUGGAUAAAUUGUCUAUUUCAAUUUUUUUUGAUCGAUUGCUUUUUUUGCAGUCAGGUGAAAUAUUUAUGGGAUGACGAGCGAUGAUAUAAAAAAUAACAUUGACAAAAUCGUUGUAAAUUCUGGUUUCGACGCCGUGAAAAAAUAUGAGAUAAGCCAAUUUAUCAGAAGGUUUUACACUAGAUAUAGCUUAGCUGUUGAAUUUUAAACGUGGGUAUUUAUUUUGUGGGAAUACUGAAAAUUAUAAACUUUAUUACAUUACGUAAUGGUUGUAAAUUAAAUACAAUAAUUGAACUGAAAUAAAAAAAUCCAGAAUAAGUAUAUUCAAGAA